AGCAUACUUUCUUUUCAAGAUCAUUUUUUCUAUUAUGGUUUUCACUUACAUGUUUAAUGUUCUUACUCGCAAGCGAUAUAUAAGCUCUGAAGAUCAACGCAACAACCGGGCGAUCUAUCUAAUACAAGUUGGGCUUCGUCAGACGUGAUGAUUCUAUAUUUCCAGUUAUCAGGUUUAUUGUCGGAUCUUCUAUCUUCGGCCCUGGAGCCGAAAUUGCGAGAUAGGGUCACACCAUGUCGUCGUACGGACCGGACAGGGGUCGAUUCCUGAGACCCAGAGAGCUGGUUCCCCAGUCUCGAGAUCCGCGAGAUACAACAGCGUCCCGCCCCAUGGCUUCCACAGGCCUUCCUGUUCCACAGUCAUCGAGGCCACAGAUUGCACGUUCAACUUCCGUCGCUGCUAGGAAGAAGAGCACGUCGUUGGCAUCCGAAACCGAGGAUAGCCGCCGGGUGAUGACGCCUCGCCCUCCUAUCUCAACUUCAUCAUCUAGUAACGGUGCACGCCCAUCACUAAUUCCAAGGCCAUCUGGAGGGGCCUCAUCAAUUCCUCAGAGACGUCUUUCAGUUAAUCUGUCAACUCCAGGCCGAACCAUGCAACCACCUAGUGUGGUGCAAGCACCACCUAUUGCAGCUCAGUCGAGUAGACAAGCCCCUGUCGUCAAGGACCGUCCCCGGAAUGUUCUACGCAGGAAAGCUCCUUUGAUUGGCAAACCUGCUGAAGGUAUCAAGAGAUUGUCAGGACUGUCAGAUGUUGAGUUAUUGCGCGCAAACAUGGCAGGCAACACCAUAGUCCCGAAGCCUCAGCAGUUUUCGAAGAUAGAUACUGCGCAGGUUGAGUUGCCCCGUCAUCCUGAACCACCUCCGGGGCAGGUAACGCCUGUACUUCCAUCCCAUUAUCCGCAGUCACAAAGUGAGAAGAAACUAGUCGAGUCUUCAACUAGGGACAUUCCCAAAGAACUUGCUAGCCUAUCAACUCAUAACCUCCCACCGCCGACGCCACACUUUGCCUCCGCCAGCAGUCCUUCCACGCAUUACUCUGGAUCACCGGGCAUGUGGAGCAGGGAAUCAACCCCAACUUCCCUGUCAUCUUAUUCGCCCGGGAUUGUUCAGCCAACAAAGGUUGGUUACCGCUUGAGGCAACCAAGUCCUACUCAGGCCAGGUUACCAGUACCAUCCAGGGCUCUGGCAUCCAGUCCGCAAAUAGAAAGGACAGACGCAAGUGCUACGAGGUUGCGGUAUCCGGCUAAAACACAGACUCCUGAUCCAUCUACUAGAUCAAGCCAGAAAGACCAACAGAAAGGUAUUGUAGGUGCUAGGGAUCUCAGCAAGAGUCCCGCAGCUCCGCCGCGCAAAUCAUCUGUGAACUUCAGACAGCAAGCGCGAAACGUAACAGAUGACGUUAUUAAGAAGCAGGAGGAUGAGCGCCAUUUUGAGGAAGCUGAACGACGUGUGUUUUCCCCUCGAAUGUCCGAGGAGACAAUCACACAACAACCCGCAUCUACACCCAGUGUGCCUCCGAGGCCCAGCCGCGAAGGAACCGAGAAACUCGAGUUGAAGCCAUCUCCUGUGAUCAAGAGCAACUUGCCUUAUCUGCGAACGACCGGACACAAACGGCGUGAGUCAGCAGAGGAACUACAUCUAGGCGACCAAUCUCACCCAGCUCCCUCACAGCCAGCUGCAGCAUCUGUUGAAUCAUUUCAGUCAAGAAGCUCUGCCCGGCUACCGUCCCAGCCAUCGGCCCACCAAGGAAGCCGUGCAAAGUCAACGAGAACUCUAACAAAGACUCCACCUCAGGACAAGAAGGCUGUGCCUUCAUCCCCCAGCAAGCGUUUUGGAAUCUUUGCUAAGAAGCCCAAGAGUAACGCAGAUCUACAGUCCGCGAACCUCAGCGACAGACCGACUAGGAAGGGGCCUGUUGCAGGAACUGGUCAUGAGGGCUACGGGAGAUAUGCCCAGCGGGGUCGACGACCUAGCGUUGGCAGCACCAGCGGUAGCAGAGGAAGGUCGACUAGCACCACACGCAGUGCGGCAAAGUCAGCUUCCAGCAGCAAGAGCAGUCUUCACGGCUCUGAUGGUCCAGAAAUUGAUGACUUUCUACUUGACCGUCUCGAACCUGUUGUCAUCAAUGGCGGUGGAAUGGAUGGCGCGCAGCUUCUUCGAGUACGCAGCGAGCAGACCACCGGCACUCACAGCAAUGCCUCGACGGUAAAUCUGGCGAUAUAUGCAAAGAAUGCAAAGCAAGGAGCUUAUUCGACAGGUUCGCUUGUGCCAAUUCCAGGUCCUCCUGGUCAGUCCCAGCCCGAACCAUGGAAGCAAGACCAUUCCCACGCGCAAACGGAGAAUGCAAAAUUGCGUCCUGUCGUAAGCAAGCGCAUUUCGUUCCGGAGGUCACAGCUCUUUGGCAACAAGAAUGAAGGAAAGCCCGUGUCGCCAAGUGGAAUUAAAGCAGACACCCCGGCAUCGCACCGGCCGGAGAAGACCGAUCGUUCGACUGUUCCUCUGCUUCCUGACGUACAGCCGAUUAUCUCCACCUCACCAGAUCGCAAAGGGAAAAGCAAGGAGGAUCCGAACCGCAAGCCAAAGCUACGGGCUAAGACGUCGCGGUGGAACUUUUUCCAGAGAAGCCAAGCAGUGGGGCGUUCAGAGCUGGUGCACGACAAUAAUGUAAAACCUGCGACUACUGAGCUUCCUGUGGCCGUCGCUCCCGUUCCAGGCAGCCGAACGAUACCUCAUUAUGCUCUCCUAGAUACUUCUUCAGACUCUCUGGAUGAUAUCCUGCAUCACGUGGAGGAGUCACCACCAACCGAGACGGAAUAUCUAGAGCCAUCUGCUGAUGUCCCUCCUGGUCUGAACAUCAUCAGACGGCACGAGUCUAUCCUGCUGCCAUCUCCACCCCUGUUGCAAGCUGAACGUCUCCCAGAAGGCCGGUCCUCACCCAAGGUAUACUUUCGCAAUGAUCCCCAAGGUUCUGGACAACUGGAAACGGUUCAGAAGGCUCGUCGGGUUCGUCUUGCUUCCGUUGGCCGGAUUCCGCCGGUUAUUUCGCGGAGAGAUAGACAGCAUAAACCAGCCACGCAGUCAUUCUCUAGGCCUUUCAGUCGCGAGGAUGCUCCUUCAUUGACGGUCACGGCUGGUGAUCAGAGCCAGCAACGGUACGUGUCCAGUCGCCCAGCUCUCGGGAUUCAGACGGACGUUCUACCCAGCAGGCCAUUCUACUCAGAACCGGAGACUGCCAAGCCAUUCAGUGCCCCUAUCCCUGCCGCAGAAUUCAGGUUCCCAGCCGGAGCUUAUGCGGAUGACGAGUUCCUGGCAUUAUCCCCGAGAAAAGAGUCCGUUAUAUCAGGAUCCAGCAGCUCAGAAGGAAAACCGAGUCUGGCAGAUGUGACUGCUGUCGCCGCGGAACCAGGAUCUAGGCCCACCGAGGACGAAGUGUGGAAUGAGUAUGAUGAUCUGAUUGAUAAUCUCUCCCCAGAAACGUCGAAUGCCAAGGCAAGGAAUGAAUGUGCAGCGGACGACUCCUUCAAGCUGGCAACAAAGGCGAGCAAGACGUUGCAAGCUGAACUGAAUGCUCAUGAACCCGGCCGGGCAACUUCUAAUUCUGCUGGUCCUGAACAAGAGUCGGCUAGGUCCAGCACCAGUUCUGUCCGUCUUCGUCGGUCGACAAUCGCAACCGCUUUACACUCGUCUAUUAGUCCAUGUACUCAGGUCUCAUUCAGCGAACUGAUUGGCGGAUACGCUGAACGGAACACAGAAAGCAUGGACCUCACGCCACAAGCUAAUCCAUCCAUCGUUGUUCAGGGCGAGCAGCCUGCGACGUUCUUGCGAUCGCCUUCGCGUUCACGGUCGACAAGCUUUGAGUCCGCUCGCCAUCGUAACACUAUCCUGUCAGAUCUUGCUGAACGAGAGAGACAAGGAGCUAUGGCACAGGCCAAUCUUCGUUCUGGGUCUCUAAUGACCAGCAGGUGGUUGUCAUUUGGACGAGUACUCUUCAGUCCUGCGCACAAUAUGAUAAAGUCGCGAGAGCAAGAGCGUAUACUGGUUAUUGAUGGACUGGGAAACGAUGACUGGUCGUUCUACUGUGCCUUAACCUACCCCACCGCUACUGUCUACAGCUUAAUAAUGGGGCCUUCUCCCUCCCCUUCCACCAACCCAGAGGCCUGGCAGCCCCCUGCUAACCAUCAGAGCGUCCACCAUGGAAGCAUGGAAGAGCAGUUUCCUUUCCCGAAACGAUUCUUUUCGGUCUGUGUCCUUCGCUUCCCGGCCGCUUGUUCUGAAGCUGCACAACGCAAUAUCAUUUCGGAGUGCAAGCGAGUUCUGCGCCCUGGUGGCUACCUUGAGAUGAGCGUACUUGAUUUGGACCUAGUGAAUAUGGGUAACCGGACACGGCGAACAAUGCGAAUGUUGAAGGAGAGAAUAUGCAUGUCAGACCCACGGAUCAGCUUGAAGCCGGCUAGUGAUAGCAUCCAGCGACUCCUUGGGAGACGUGGGUUUGAAAACCUCAACCGUUGUAUGGUGAGCAUUCCUGUGGCCCGGGCAAUCGCUGGCUCUUCAGACUCUUCAGCUUCGGGUCAUUCAGUCACGACAGCCGCUGUGUCGACAUCAACGGGCUGUUCAGCGCGGGUGGGAUCUGCUAGGGAGCCACGCGGUCGGCGGAAGAGUCCUUCUGAUGACGGCGAGGUCUCUCUUGGUGAUCUCCUUUCUGAUCCAUCUCCGUCGGCAUCCAAUGAUGAAUCCAUCGCCAAGAUUGUCGCGAAGGUGGGCAGGUGGUGGUUCACGCGCUGCUAUGAGAUGCCCGUCCUGCCCGACGGAGACCUGGACCACAGCAUCUGGGCGGAUAAGAAGCUUCUGCGGGAGUGUCAGAAGCGAGGAACCGGGUUCAGACUAUUGAUCGGCUAUGCGCAGAAGCCGAGCGAGGUGAAACGGAGGACUGCCAGCGUUUAAUAACGAUCCUUUUUAUCCGAAACACGAUGUAUGAUGUCGGGAUUACCCUUCAGGGGUACGUUUUAUGAUUGACCAUGACGAGAUCACGAACAUGACUGUCCCACGACUGCUCACGGCCUGGUU